ACGAAAUAAUUCAAGAGAAAUAGAGAGAAGUAAAAAUGUUGUCUGUGUUGUUGAAACCCAUCAAAGCUAUUUUACUAUUACUCGUUCGAUUGUUCGUCCACAGAGAUUUUCAUGAACUUGCUCGAAGGAUGACUGUUUUGGAUAUCUAUCGGUUCUUGAUUAUACAUUCUAUUGAUAAAAUGGGAAUUUGGCCCAAGCUUCCAGUCCUUUUGGGACUAUUGUAUCUCGCUGCUCGUCGACAUCUUCAUCAACGAUAUAGCUUAUACAAAGUCGGAAAAAAUACUCCAGUCGGAGUUCGAAGCCAUCCAGAGGAUUGCCCGUACCGAACUCCUGAUGGAAGGUACACAGAUCCGUUCGAUGAUGACGCUGGUUCCCAAGGAACCUUUUUUGGUAGAAAUGUCCAUCCCGUAGACCAAUCUGAAAGGUUGUUGAAACCCGAUCCUAUGGUUGUUGCUACAAAACUUCUGGCAAGAAAAAAACUUAUAGACACUGGAAAGCAGUUCAAUGUGAUUGCAGCUUCUUGGAUUCAAUUCAUGGUUCAUGACUGGAUGGAUCAUUUGGAAGAUACUAAACAGGUUGAAUUGGUGGCUCCAUCCGAUGUUGCAAAAAGUUGUCCGUUGAAAUCAUUCAAAUUCUUCAAGACAAAAGAGGAAUCCACCGACCUUUUUGAUAUCAGAACUGGAUCAAUUAACAUUAGAACACCUUGGUGGGAUGGAAGUGUUUUGUAUGGAAGCAAUGAACAAAUGUUGAAUAAGGUAAGAACUUAUGAAGAUGGGAAGCUAAAGAUCGCUGAUGAUGGCCUUCUUCCUCACGACAAAGAUGGCAUCGCCAUCUCUGGCGACGUUCGAAAUAGUUGGGCUGGUGUCUCUACUUUGCAAGCUCUCUUUAUUAAGGAACAUAAUGCCGUUUGUGAUGUUCUAAAGAAAGAAUAUGGAAAUAUGGAAGAUGAAGAACUGUAUAGACGUGCAAGACUUGUUACUUCUGCCGUUAUUGCCAAAGUUCAUACCAUUGAUUGGACUGUCGAGCUUCUCAAAACUGACACUUUGCUUGCUGGAAUGAGAGGCAAUUGGUAUGGAUUAUUGGGGAAGAAAUUCAAAGACACAUUUGGACACGUUGGAGGAUCCAUAUUGGGAGGCUUAGUCGGUUUGAAAAAACCAAAUAAUCACGGUGUUACCUAUUCCUUGACGGAAGAAUUCACCAGCGUGUAUCGUAUGCAUCAACUCCUACCCGAUUCUUUCUACUUGAGAGAUGUCACAGUUGAUCCUGAUCAACACAAUAAAUCUCCACCAUUGAUUGAAUACGUGCCAAUGGCGAAUAUGAUAGGGCACAAAGGAGAAGAGACCUCAAAGAAGAUGGGCUUCACUGCCCUAUUAGUUUCAAUGGGUCACCAAGCAAGUGGAGCUCUUGAGCUGUUUAACUAUCCACUGUGGCUUAGGGAUCUCAUAGCCCAUGACAUGGACAACAAGGAUAGGCCCGAUCACAUUGACCUUGCAGCUCUCGAAGUUUAUAGGGACAGAGAAAGGAGAGUUGCUAGGUACAAUGACUUCCGUAGGGGUUUAUUUCUCAUUCCAAUCUCCAAGUGGGAAGAUUUAACUGAUGAUAAAGAUACGAUUAAAGUGCUUCGUGAAGUGUACGAUGAUGAUGUGGAGCAACUUGAUAUUCUUGUGGGGUUGAUGGCAGAGAAGAAAAUCAAAGGUUUUGCUAUUAGUGAGACUGCUUUUGUCAUUUUCUUGAUCAUGGCUUCAAGGAGGCUAGAAGCAGAUAGCUUCUUCACAUGCUAUUACAAUGAAGAAACAUACACAAAGAAGGGAUUGGAAUGGGUAAAAACAACAGAGAGUUUGAAAGAUGUUAUAGAAAGGCAUCAUCCAGAGAUUUCAAAGAAAUGGAUCAACUCAUCAAGUGCUUUCUCUGUUUGGGAUUCUCCUCCCAACAAGCCUAACCACGUCCCUCUUUACCUUCGUAUUCCUAAUUGAGUACUCUUUUUCUUUUUCAACCUUAUGCAUGGGUCGUGUUAUUGUCAUGUUUUCUUUUCAUUUUCUUUCCUGAUGUCUUAGGGUGACAUUUUAGUUUGGAUGAUUUUCAUAUAUUCGGAAUAAAAAAGCCUAUGUUUGUUCACCUCAA